CAUGGCCGCUGAUCUUUCUAAGCUCCACUCGCCCACUCUCCACGGCCCCACCAUCCGUACGAUCGCAUCUCCUUACCCGCCAUCACCUUCCAACCAUCUCAGCAACCGCCCUUUCCACUUCCCAACUUUCACUCCCCGACAAAUCCCAUCCCUUCAUCACCACUCCCACAAAACCCCACGACCGGGUGCUGAAGAUCACAGCCGCCCACUUCAACAUCUCAUUCCCACCGCUCAUCUCUCCUCACGAUCAUUGGAGAAUAUGGACCUCGCUCUUCAUAGCUGGUGCAUUCGGCCUCUGGCCGGAGAAGACGAAAGUGCGGAGUGCGCUGAGCGGCGCCCUGGUCAGCACUCUGGUGGCGCUUGCCACGACCAACCUCAGCAUCAUUGCUAGUGAGGUCCCGGUGUAUUCUGAUGUCUUGGAGUAUCUGCUGCCCAUCGCCAUUCAUUUGCUGCUCUUCAGAGCAGAUCUGCGUCGCAUCCUGCAGUCCAUCGGGGCGCUGCUUUUGGUCUUCUUGCUUGGAUCAGGUUACUCUUAAUAGCGAAUGGUAGGUCUUUUGAUAGUGCUUUACUUUGGAAAUCUACCAAAAUUGUAUAUGCCAGCGUGGCCCCACCAUGAAGAUCACCUCGUGCAGACAUUAGGUUGGUACACUUGUCAGGUGGGCCACACAUGUACAUCAAUUUUAGACUGUUGUCAGUUCUGAUCUAAAUCUCCAGUGUUUCUUUAUGUGGGACUAUUUUAAAACCAUAAGUAGAUUCUAAGAGGAUAAGGUCUUUCAUUAGAUGUUUCUUUUAUAAUUAGAAUUAAGGAGACAGGAAAUUAUUAAAAAGGGAAAGUAAAAAACAAUGAUAAAAGAAGGGUAAAAGAUAGGAUUGAAGAACGUUUCAAUGUCGCUACCAUACUAUUAUAUCAGUUUGCAAGUGUUGAUCUAACACAUAUGGCAGGGUGGUACUUCAGAGAGAGAGGUUUCAAAGGUAGGUGCUUGGUCACCACCGUACGAUGGUGGGCCCAUUCUGAGAUUUAAAUCUGCCACAGUUUGGGCAUGAAAAUGGGUGGACGAUGUGAGCAUCACAUACAUCAGCG